CCCCUCAGUGUCCGGCGCGCCUCCGACAAGCGUGCUUCGCUCGUUAUAGAGAUCCUUUGGCGUUUCGUCCUCCUUCGUCGAUGCUAGUCUACCCGUGUCCUCGCGAAAUCAAGUGGUCCGAAAUCGGAAAAGGUCGCAAGCGACGAAAACCGGGAAGGAUUAAGGAUCAUUAGAAAGUAUCUCAAAACGACUGGAAUCGCUACAAUGUUGAUUCGGAUAUUUGGGAUUUUUCAAAAACUGUUAUCGACGAAAAUACAAUAACAACGACAAUACCAGCGAAAAAGACAUAAAUAAAUAAAGACAUACCAGCAGUAACAACAAGACCGAACGUUUUUUCUUCUUUGAUUUUCAUAUAAAGAAAAGAGGAGAUGCGAUUGGAUCCAACAUUCGAGUGCGUACUCGAGUUCCUUGCUGGCUUAUCCAAAAUUUUCCAAAGGAACGUGUUACGACGGAUAAUUACAACGAUAACGAGGAAGAGGAGGACGACGACGACAACGAGGGGAACGAAGAAGACGACGUGCUGUCAGGAGGGAUAAGAACGCAAGAGAGGCGCGAUAGAUCGUCGCGACGAUCUUCUCUAACCGAGAGAUCUCAACGUGUCUGCCGAUGUCGUCGGAUAUUCUUGUUUAUUGGACCGCGCCAAACUUUUAAAUGGUGCACUCCUCCGAAGGGCUUAGUCGUAGUGCAGCAUUAAGUACGCAUAGAAAGUGUCCAAGAAAGUCGAGGAGACCUUAGAACGCUAGACUUUCUCUUACUUUUGUGAACUUUAGAGAUAAAAAAAUAGAAAGAGGGAAGGAGAAAGACAGAAUCUCGUGUAGAAUCUGUCAAGAAAGGAGAAAGCGUAGUACACGUAGAACAAGUGUCCUUGAUUUGGAAGAAAAAGAUUAGAUUCUUUGAGGAAAAGAAAAUAGAAUAAGAGAACCGAAAAAGAUCAGGAUCGAUAUUAAGCAGGUUGAUGAACAGUCGGUGAAUCGUAAAAAGGUGGGAUUGCGAAGCUCGAUCCUGCGUGUGCCUUGCGCGUAUUUGAAGGGAGCGCGAAUGGCCGAGAAAACGAGCAGGGUGUACCCGAUUACGGUGGUCCAGCGUGUCGGUCAAAUCGAUCCCGAAGCACCGGCACUGGAUCGUUAGUAAUGGGGGGUUUAGGCGAGGAUGCCUUCUUCCCGUCGUCGUCAUCGUCAUCGUCGCCGUCGUCACCGUCGUUGCACGCUGUCGUCGCGUUAUCGUCGUGUCCGCGUUUUUGUCGUCGUCGCCGUCGUUGUCGCAGCCUCGCCUCGCAGCUGUGCAAGCCAAGGAAAGCUCUCAUCGCUGAUAGGCACCGAAUUAGAUCCGUUUUCCUUACGGUAUUCUUUCUUCUUUUCCGUAGUACCGAAAGAACGAAAACUAGUAAGAGGGAGAAAAAUAGUAUUGGUAGCAUCGAUAGUAGUGAUAGUAGAGAAAUCGAGACCUUUUGUAAUCAUAGAAUCUCCGCCUCGGAGAGGAAAAAAAAGGAAGGAGAUAGGGUUCUGCUCCUUGGGUCGGCCGCUCGAGAAGGAAAGCAAAAGAGAGGAAAGUGGAGGAGGUGGUGGGGGAGGAGGAGGUGACUCGCCGCCGAGAUGCACCAGGUGCCGUACGGAGUGGGACUCACCUCGAACGAAGGUCGAAUCACCAAGUUCGGAGAGGAGAGCCAAUGUUGCCGGCAAUGGCACCGUCAUCACCAACGACAACGGAAUCAACGACGACACCAAUAUCACCAUCAGUAUCAGCAACAUCAUCAGCAGCAACAGCAGCAGCAGCAACAGCAGCAACAACAACAACAACAACAACAACAAAAGCAACAACAAUGGUCUCGUUGCCGGCUUCGUCGAGAGGAAGAAGGUGACAACGUCGCUGUUUACGAACGAUCGAGCCGAGUCUUCGAGUAUACCGAAAAAAGAGAUGAAAAUACGCGACGCUUCCACGUUCGGUCGCCUAAAUUGUUCUCCGGAUAUGGGGGUGGUCUCCUGAUACCUUCCAAUUUUCUUCUUAUCGGACUGGUCCUUUGUUACUUGACCCUACCACCCGUCCAACCGAGACAGAACAAUCAUCCGAGCUGUCCCGGUUGUAAUCAUCAGCCACUUCAACAUCCGCACCUUCGCGAAACCCAUCGAGGUGGCGGAAAGCAUGGGACUACGCCGAGUCCCGACGAUCUCAGAUUGGAAGCAAUCAAACAUCAGAUACUAUCGAAAUUGGGCUUAAGAACACGGCCUGACGUGAACAGGACUUUGGCUGCUGUCCCAAGGCACCUCGCUUUGGAGACUCUAUACCGAGCCGAAGCUCAACCACCGCCGCAGUAUCCAGAGAGAAUGCGGAAUGUUCACGGAACCGAAUAUUCCGGUGAAUUCCUUUACGGUGAUGAAGAGUACUCGUAUAAGAAUCUUGAUCAGCAAAACGAGGAGACGACAACUGAUGCUAAUUCCAGAACUACCACGUCCUACCAGGAGUACAGGGAUUACGACACUAGAUCGGAAUACGAGCCUCAGGAAGAGUUGGAUGAUUUUUACGCGAGAACAUCGGAGAUUAUCACUUUUGCCGAACCCGGGCGUAAGCUGAACAGUCAACCAUUACUAGAAUUUCCACUGUCCAGCGGCGAACAGGCAUUAGAGCCUCUCAGGAUCAAACGGGCGACCCUUUGGACACGAGUAGAAUACAGACAAACAAGUAAUUAUCAGUAUCAACAAGAUCGUCAGGGUCAAAGCAAUCAAAGGAACAUCACUCUCUGGGUAUUUAGGGUGCAUUGUGGCAAUACAACGCAUUUGCGCGGCAAGGAACUCGGGGCGCAUCUCGAAAUGGUGACGUACUUAGGCGUGAACGUUGGUCAAUUGGGCUGGCAGAAGUUCGACGUAACACAGGUCGUCAGCAAUUGGUACACAGCUAACGUGAAUUCACCGAGGGAUAAACUAACACUUUUAGUGGAUUGCACAGGAUGUGGCAAGAGCGUUCACGUGUCGACCUUCGCCGUGCACUCGCCACACGUGAUCGAGUCCUCGUUAAAUCCAAAAGAUGAUCAAGAUCCUGACAGGCCUUUCCUCGUUGUACGCACGGAUCCAGCGGCUGUGAAACGCGUAAGAAGACGAGCGAUCGAAUGCAACAGCGCGAUAAAAGGUCAAUGCUGCAAACAAAGAUUCUACGUUAGCUUUUCUCAACUCGGAUGGGACGAUUGGAUAAUCGCUCCUCAAGGAUAUUACGCGAAUUACUGCAGAGGCGACUGUGCGGCGGGUCACAGAACGCCGGACACGUUCCUAAACUAUUACACGCACGUGAUCGAAGAAUACAGAAAGAUGGAUCGACUCGCCGGUAUGCAGCCCUGUUGUGCGCCCCUUAAGUUCUCGCCGAUGUCGUUGAUAUACUAUGGACCAGACUCAAACAUCAUCAAGAGGGAUCUCCCAAAGAUGGUGGUCGACGAGUGUGGAUGUCCUUAAUUUAAGUCUCCGCUGAUAGAUAAAAAAAGAACAAAAAAAAAGAAGAAAAAAAGAAAAGAGAUACUAAAAUUGGCCCCUCUCCUUUGGAAAAAUCCUCCUCCUACUCUUUAUCACGAUUUACCGAAGGAGCUUUCGACUUCGAGGGACCUCGUUGGAACUUCCCUACGUUCUCUUCGUUGUCAAACCUUCGACAAUUCAUCUCGAGCGAGCACGAUCGAAAUUUCGUAGGAGCUAAUUAAAUUGUUCUCGGAAACGCGAUCGUGAUCGCUAUUGUUAUAAUGCAUAACGAAAAAAAAAAAUAGGAGAUUAGAGGAGGGAAAUAAAUGAAAGGAGGACGAGAGAAAAAAAAUACAAAACGUACAGAAACAAUACAAAAGAAUAAAUAUCUCCUCGGUCGGUAUCUCAGGUGUGUCCACCACAUUUUUGAGAUAUAAUAUAUUAUAAAUAAUAUACAUAUAUACAGACGAUACCUAUUAUACAUACGCGAAUACGCGUGACAGACGACACGCAAAUAUAUAAACGUACCUUACACUUACACUUACAUACACGUGUACGACUCGAUUCCCAGACGAUUUAAUCGUAACAGAAACGAAGUCGCCACGUGGGAAUUCUUAUGGAGAGCUUAGUCAUUUUCUAUUAGUUGCGAUAAAACGGCGGUAAAGAAUUUAAAAUAAGAUACGACAUAUUUCUGACUUUUCCCGCAUUUCGCGCAUCUACGCGACUCCGCAUACGCGCACACGCACAUACAUACAUAUAACAAUACACGUACACGUAUACACUAAGCACAGAUAUACACACGCGCGCGUUAAAACCCGCGAGGUGAUUCAAAACCAAGUAUAAGUAUUUAAAGAUAUAAUAAAUCAAGAAGAAAAAAAAAGGUAAGGGCGUAAACUCUAAUGUAAGUGUAAACAAUAAAACUCAAUCUAAUUGCCUUGUUUUUUAUGCGAAACGUAUGAAAGUAUCGAGUAACAAUUUAACAAAGUAAAAAAUACUAUUAAACAAAAAAAUCUCUAUAUAUAUUAUAAAUACUAUACAUAUAUAAGUAAAAAUAAACGCGCGCGAAACGAUAAACUUAGCAAGUCAAUGGCGGGGGGGGGGGAGUUUUCCGGAAGGUCUGUAAGGAAAGGGAAACAUUUAUAGAGUUCAAAAAGGCUAAGGAAACUAAAUUAUUACUUUUAUUACCACUAUUAUUAUUAUUAUUAUUAUUAUUA